UGCAUUUUUAGAGGUGCAGAUAAAGCUUGCAAUUCUCCUUAAAUGAAAAAAAUCAUCGGAGGAAAAAAAUGAUUGAAGUCAUAAUACUGAAGAUUGAAAAUCCAGAUUGCUUUUGGGUCUACAUAACAGGAGGCAGAAAAAUUGUAGUCAAUGAAAUGGAAUAUGAAACACUUCAGACUGAAAUGAAUCAAUUCUAUAACAAACAUUAUCAAUGUGUGGAUGCCAAGCCUUGUGUACUAGAAGAAGGACAGGUUUGUGCUGUUUACUGUGAGGAACUGAAAUCUUGGUGCAGAGCUGUUGUUAAUUCAAUCAUAUCAUACACGGAUUAUUACAUUGCAGAAUGUUUCCUUGUGGACUAUGCCAAAACUAUUCCUGUGAACACUGAAAAGAUCUGUGUGGUCAUAAAACCAUUUGUGAGGCUGCCUUAUAGAGCUACAAAGUUUAGGUUGUACUGUGUCAAACCAGUAACACUACGUGUCAACUAUUACAAUGACAAUUCUGAGAUAGUGCCUGCUAACAAAUGGGAUAUUGCAGCAAUCCAGUACUUCCAAAACCUCCUGAAUGAAGCCACUCAAGUGGAAGCCAAGAUAUGUGCUGUUGAAGAGGAUAAUUUUGCUGUCUAUCUUUAUGUCACAAUAAAAGGUGAAAAGGUGUGUGUGAACGAUGCUCUUGUUGCAAAGAACUAUGCUUGCUAUGAACUUGAAGAAACAAACCAGAAACGAGAUUCAGAAGGUGGCAAAUCUCGUUCAGAGGAGAAGAAUCCUGUAAGGCUGCUGUGGCCAAUGUUACUACGAGAAUCUAAGGUUUCUGAGAUGGGUGCUGCUCCUAUUUGUGAUAAUUCUGAGAUAGCAGAGUUGACACAUUUCCCAGAAAUUAACUUACAUAAACCAAAACAGCCUGAUGCAGUGGUGCCUGUUUCCCCUUUGAAGCAAGGAGUAACUUUUUCUGUACCAUCAGACAUGCAAACAGUCAGCAACUUGCCUAAGACGAGUACCAAAUUACAGGAAAGGGAGAAUGAUCUCUACGAGAACAACCUUGGGGUGAAGCUUCUACAGUUUUUAAACCCUGAUCCUCUGAAAAUUGCCACUGAACAAGAAACUGAGGAGCUUAAGCUGAAUAUCACCACUACGUGUCUUCCUGUUGUGCUGAGUAAUAAAAUCGAACCUUGUUCAUCUCUAGAAACCGCACCACUGUUUCCAGCUUUAAAAAAGGAGCUUUUAAGAAAGCAAUUCCAAGGACCUAAUCAUGUACAGUCUUACUCCUGGCCUGCAAUAGCACGUGGAUAUGAUUCGCUUAUUAUCUCUUCUGAAAGUGACCCACUUUCAUAUCUUCUGCCAAUCAUUACAUUUUUGCAGUCAAGAAAUUGCUACAUAUCGUUAUCACCUAGACAAGGUCCAGUAGCAUUAGUCAUAUGCCCAGGCCAGAGGAGAGCAGAACUGGUAUUUGAGCACCUGAAAAUGUACAGCCAUUGCUCCAGGCCUCUCCACCCAAUGUUGCUUUUCCUGGGAAUGAAAAAGGAAGAAAUCAAGAGUGUAAGAAUUCCAAGAGGAUGUGAAAUCGUGGUAACAACCCCACCUAUCUUUUUGCGGCUGCUCGAGCAUCAUAGUUUACUCUUCCUUAGGUUGUGUCAUCUGGUGUUUGAUGAAGUUGAUGUAUUGUUCUCUGAUGCCAAGGAGCAGAUACUUACUAUUUUACAAUACUACAAAUCUAACUUGAGCGUUGAAGAAAAGGAGUUUGUGCCACAGCAGAUUGUUGCUGUUGGAAACCACUGGGACAAAAAUAUAGAAGUUUUAACAAAAGAAUUCAUGAAUGAUCCAUAUAUUAUAAUCACCUCCAUGGGAGAAGCUGCCAUAUAUGGGAAAGUGCAACAGGUUGUGCAGCUCUGCCUUGAGUGUGACCGGAUCUCUACUUUACUUCAAACCUUAGAUUUUACCCCUACAGAUGCUCAGAAGACACUGAUUUUUACAAGUUGUGUGGAAGAAAGAGACAUGGUAUACAAGGCAGUAGAGAGCAUUUCAAUCUUUUGCUUGAAAAUGAACCCGGGAAUUGGAUUUCACGCUGAUUAUAUUGUAGAGCAGUGGAACAAAACAAUCAGCCCUGGAACCCAUGUUGUAUUGGUUUUAACCGAUGACUGCACAGUAGCUGCAAAAUUUACAGACGCGACCCGUGUCAUUCAUUUCAGCUUUCCACCAACUCCAAGAAUCUUUGGUGCCCGCUUACAUGGCCUGUCUGCCAACUUCCAAAAUUCAGUAGAAAAGAGUCCAUCACUGGGAAAAGAACAGAGCAAAGCCAAAUCCAUCUUGCUGUUGACAGAGAAAAAUGCCUGCCAUGUAGUUGGAGUGUUGAAUUAUUUGGAACGGGCAGAAGCUUUCAUCCCCCCUGACCUGUACAACUUUACCAGGGGAGUGUUGGAAGCCAAAGAGGAAAAGAGAAGCGGGCAGCCGUUUUGUUCUUCCAUUAAGGCCUAUGGAAUAUGCAAAAAUAAAAACCGCUGUCCAGAUCGCCAUCGCAUUAACCUUCAAAUUGAUGCGCCCUCAAAAGUAGCUGAGGAAGCUCUGCAAACAGGUGGAAUUAUAACAAUACUGCCUCUUUUCAUUGUGGAUGCCACAAACUACUUAGGCCGUGUGGUAGGGAAAUGGGGUAAUCUCUACGCAGCUCUUGAAACAGAGAUGAAGGACUAUUAUCAGGAAUCUAGCAAUUGUACCCCAGUGGACAAAGUGGAGAAGCUGGCAAUGUAUGGACUGCGGGAAGAAAAUUCUUUCCACAGGGUCCAAGUGCUAGACGUGGAACAAAAAGAAGAGCCCGGUGCGUUUUACAACGUUGACAUCAAGUACAUAGAUGAAGGCAGAACUGGCUAUGUUCAAAAUCAACACUUGCUUAGUUUACCGGAACAAUUUCAAGCGUUGCCUCCUCAGGCUGUGGAAUUCAUCGUUUGUAGGGUUAAACCCAUUGAUAACGAAGCCGAAUGGCACCCAAAAGUAUCCAGAUGUAUUAAUGACAAAAUCAGAGGAAAACCACAUGAAGCCAAAGUAGCCCUUGUCCUGGGAAAUACAAUUUGGGUAGAUCCGGUGAUUCGAGUCACUAAACUUCAAGACCUGAAAACUUCAAUCAACGAAUAUAAUAUUCGCUCUGAAAUUCUAUCUACUGGAUUGGGAGUGGACAAUCCCGAGCAUAUACAGGAACUUGAGAAAUUAUUUAAUGAGGCUGAAAUACCCCAUGAGAAAAAAGAAAAGCAUGCAUUAUUAAAUCCCUCCACGGAUGAAAGAAAUGAGGAGGCUGAACCUCUUGAGCAGAAUGUCUCAAAUCCUGCAACUCUGAGCUCAGAGACCUCAAGCAAAGAGCCCUUGCCCCUUGUACAGAAAUCGCAGCACAGCCAAGAUAUCAUCCAUGAUGGUUAUUCUCAAGUAUCUUUAGAAAAUCACUGUGACGAAACGGUGCAAAAUAAGAACAACGAAGACAUCCUGCAGAUUUCGCCUAAAUGCUUCCAUCCAACCAUAAAAUGGUUUGAUAAGCAAGACGCCGUUGUUGUAAAGGUAAAAUUGCAAAAUAUUAGUAACUACAACUGCAGGAUUUUUGAACAGAGGAUCGCUUUCAGCGCUUCGGCAAACGGCAAAUUUUAUUUGGCCGAUAUGGAGCUGCAGAGAAGCAUCCUCAGAGAGGAGUCAACGUGUGUCCUUAAGGGUGACGAGCCCACCAUACUCCUUGUAAAAGUGAAGAAGGAACCUUGGUGCAGCUUGCUAAAAGAGAAAAACCAUCAUGUAUCGUUUGACUUCGAUUACUUGGAUGAUAAUGAGGAAAGAAGCCCAUUCUGCAUAGCAUCAAGUCCUAAGAAAGUGUAUCAGAUUCCUAUAGGGGUGUGCGAAGAAGAAGAGGAGGAGGAAGAAGAAUCUUCAAAAGACAGUGAUUCAGAGAGUGAUUUAUCCUCUUGUUAAUUAUACCUUGGCCUUUAGUCUUUGAUCCCCUACAAGGUUAAAGGAUCUAAAAUAGAUAGUACAAAACCCCUCGCAUGUGCAUCGGAUGCCUUUUUCAUAGUGAUACAGUCUCAGCAUUUUAUUAAAAAUGUUGACAAUGGGACUUCUAUGGGGUGCCACAUUUGCUAUUUAUUGACAGAAUUCUAAGCAUGCUCGUUGCAAACGAAUCUUAACAGCUUUGAGUGAAAUUUAAUUUGAUAAACAAGUUGAUAAUUACAUCAAAUUUAACAAUUAGACCAGGAUAGGUACAGUAUUGAAAAUUGCUUUUCAGUUCCAGUUA